UGUCGUGGGGCGCGGCGGGGGCCAUGGUGUUCGGCGGCGUGGUGCCCUACGUCCCGCAGUACCGGGACAUCCGCCGGACGCAGAACGCCGAGGGCUUCUCCACCUACGUCUGCAUGGUGCUGCUGAUCGCAAACAUCUUGCGGAUACUUUUUUGGUUUGGAAGACGUUUUGAAUCUCCUCUUCUGUGGCAGAGCAUUAUCAUGAUCAUCACUAUGUUACUGAUGCUGAAACUGUGCACUGAAGUACGUGUCUCCAAUGAGCUAAACGUAAAACGCCGCUCUUUUGCAGCUGCAGAUAGUAAGGAUGAAGAAAUCAAAGCACCUCCCAAGAGAUCCUAUCUGGGUAUGUACUUUACAAACCCAUUCUGCAUGAAGUUGUCCUGUCAACUACAUAUUUCAUGA